AUGGACGACAGAGACAAAUCCGAUAGGCGAAACAGAGAUCGACACUCCGAACGUGACCGCGAUCACAAGCAUCAUCGGACCCGCCACGAUUCCGAUGACCACCGUCAUCAUCGAUCGGACCGGAAUGCCAAACACGAACACAAAACUAAGGACCGAGAGGGAAGCAGAUAUAGGUCUAAAGUGAAGCGCGAUGAAGAGAUGGAAGAUUCAGUGGAGCCGCGACACUCUCCGCAUUCUCACAAACGGAAGUAUAGGGAACACAGUGACGAUCGGGAUUUGGAGGAUAAGAGAAUUAGGGUUUCUGAAGAGAAGAGGGAAGUGAAGAAGGAGCUUAGGAAGUUUGGUGAUAAAGUGAAGAAAGAUGAAGAUUAUGAUAGUGAGCCCAAGAUCAAGGAGGAAGUCACUAAUGGUGCCCAUGGCUUUGCCUCUUCCAAAGACAACGCUUCUGUGCAUAAUGGCGUUGCGGCCGGAUCUCCUGCCGUGGUGCAUGCUAGUGUGCCACAGACAUCUUUGCCCCCUCCUCCUCCCAUUCCUAUUAAGGUAUCUUCAAUUUCUACCACAAAUGAAAAUAAGGGCGUUAGUAUUACCAUGUCUCAUGAGGUUACUGGAAAAUCUAGUACAGAUGGGUCUUCUUCAAUUGCUGGGAAACCUGGAAGCCUCUCUAUUGAUGCCUUAGCUAAGGCUAAGAAGGCUUUACAAAUGCAGAAAGAGUUGCCAGAAAAGCUCAAGAGAAUUCCUCAGAUUGUAACACCAGAUGGUGCUAUCCCUCGGAAACCAACCAAGGCUCCUGUUCUUCGUCUUGAUGCCCAGGGACGGGAAAUUGAUGAGCAUGGAAAUGUUGUUAAUGUAACUAAGCCAAGCAACCUUAGCACAUUAAAGGUCAAUAUUAAUAAACAGAAGAAGGAUGCAUUUGAAAUACUAAAACCUGUAUUGGAAGUUGAUCCUGAAUCUAAUCCUCAUUUUGAUGAAAGGAUGGGUAUCGACAAAACAAAGCUCCUGCGGCCCAAGAGGAUGAAUAUUCUGUUUGUGGAGGAAGGAAAAUGGUCAAGAGAUGCUGAAUCAAUAAAAUUGAAGAGUAAAUAUGGAGAAGCUCAAGCAAAAGAGCAGAAGGCCAAGCAAGCACAACUAGCAAAGGCAAAGGCUGCUCCUGAUAUAAAUCCGAACUUAAUAGAUAUAACAGAGAGAGUUGUAUUUAAAGAAAAACUGAAGGACCAAAUCCCUGAAAUUGAGUGGUGGGACGUGGCACUUCUGCAUUCUGGAAAUUAUGGUGACAUCGCUAACGGAACUGUAGGUGAAGACAAGCUGAAAAUGGAAAAAAUCACCUUUUAUGUGGAGCAUCCUCGUCCCAUUGAACCACCUGCUGAGCCUGCCCCUCCACCACCUCAACCCCUCAAGCUAACCAAACAGGAGCAGAAGAAACUCAGGACCCAAAGGCGAAUAGCUAAGGAGAAAGAGCGGCAGGAGUUGAUUAGACAGGGUGUCAUUGAACCGCCAAAACCAAAAGUCAAGAUGAGCAAUUUAAUGAAAGUACUAGGGACUGAAGCAACUCAAGAUCCCACUAGGCUUGAAAAGGAAGUACGUAAUGCAGCUGCUGAGCGUGAGCAGGCUCACAUAGAUAGGAAUAUUGCACGCAAGCUUACUCCUGCUGAGCUGCGUGAGAAGAAGGAAAGGAGGCUAUUUGAUGACCCAAACACAUUAGACACACUUGUCUCACUUUACAGGAUUAAUGACCUCUCUCAUCCAAAAGCCCGCUUUAAACUCGAUGUUAAUGCUCAAGAAAACCGUUUGACUGGAUGUUCUGUGAUUUGUGAUGGUAUUAGUGUUGUUGUGGUUGAAGGUGGAAGCAAGUCAAUUAAGAGGUAUGGGAAACUUAUGCUUAGACGUAUAAAUUGGAGUGAUUUUUCUAAAGAGAAAGAAGAAGACGAAGAUUCAGAUGAUGACAAGCCUGUCAAUAAAUGUGUUCUGGUAUGGCAAGGGAGUAUUGCCAAACCAAGCUUCAAUAGGUUCAGUGUUCAUGAUUGCAUCCCUGAAGCAGCUGCUCGGAAAGUUUUUGUGGAUGCUGGAGUUCCUCAUUAUUGGGACCAAGCUGUCAACUACGUAGAUGACGAAGCUUCUUCAAUUGUCUUCUAA